GGCUGCUGCAGCAUUGCACAAUAUUACUGCUCUGCUUCCUGAGAGGGUUCUGCUUUUCUGUGCUUCUCUUGCACGUGCAUCCCUCUUCAGUCACUCUGCCCCGUUCGUUCUUGCAUCUCUCUGCACUUCCUGGGCCGUAUUUUCUGCUCUUGGCUGACUUUAUAACGUGCAGUCCUCUGCUGUAACGGGUGGAAAUUUACAGCUGUAUGUAAAUUAAAGGUGUUCCCUAAAUAUAUAUUCCUUUCCCCAUGACUAAUGGUUCUUGCAAUGGGUUUUGAACUUUCUCAUUGUCUUUUCUGCCUGGGGAGCCACGAGCAGGGCUGAGGGCGCAGCCUGUGCCACGUGUGGUGUGUGUGGCCAGGGAUGGGCAGGAGGAGCGUGGUUUGUGUGAGCAGACUGGUGCUGCUGAGAGCCUGCAGCACACCCAAAAAAGAUUCAGUGUGAACAAACAGUUCUCAGGAUCUUGCUGGGAGCCUGCACUGAUUGCCCUCCUCUGUGCUUUUCAGAACGAAUGCAGGAAAAUUUGGUCCCUUCUGCGCAGCGGGAAGUUUUCCUGUCCCACCACCAAGGAGACCUUCAGCAGCCCAAAUAACAAAGGAGACCUCAACAAGUGCACGAUGUGCCAGAGGCUGCUGGAAAGAGACUCAAAAAACAAAGGGAGUGGUGGAGAGGCGGACAGGAAUGUGAACUCCUUGGGAAAGGAUGAGUGCCGGGAGUUUCGGGAUCUGUUCAAGAGAGGGAAACUCUCCUGCACCAGGGAGAACGACCCUGUCCGGGAUGCCUCUGGGAAGCAGCACAGCAAUAAGUGCAUCAUGUGUGCAGAGAAGUUCAAAAGGGAGAAUGAGCGGAAGCUAUCUAAAAACAGACAAGGAAAAGAUAAGGAUGACUGCAGUGAGUUCCGCUCCCAGUUUGAGGCUGGUGGACGCCUGUCCUGCACCAGGGAGAACGCCCCUGUCCGGGAUGCCUCUGGCAGGCAGCACACCAACAAGUGUCUCAUGUGUGCUGAGAAGUUCAAAAAGGAAGCUCAAAGAGGGGGUGGAACUGUCCAGCGCAACAAAUUGCCUGCUUCAGAGAGAAUAAAGCAGAAGAACUGUGGUGGUUCACGGCAGGGUGUAAACGAGAGGCGUCCCUUCUCAUCAGGCAGAGGCCCCCAAGGUCAGCGUGGCAGGAACUGCAACCGGCCCCCCAGCCGCAAGUCCCAGAGCCGGGGCACCGAGGAGGACCCGACGGGCUUCUGUUUGGCAGAUGUUAGAACAUCUGUCUUUCCCUGCAAGGCUCUCCCUGCUGCAGGGAGCUGUUCUCCAGGCAAUUUCCUUGGGAUCUCUCUGCUCUGUUCUGCUGCAAGAUCUCUCCUGCUGCCCAGCUCUUCCUCUGGAACUGCAACAAAAACUUCCAAUGCUUUCCUCUGCAUAAAGGGUACUGCCUUUGGAGGUCAGCUUGAUUGCAGUCAGUACCCCAGUGGUGUUACCAAGGAUGGGAAGUCCUGGGUAGCUUGCCCAAGGGACUGGAAACCAGUGUGUGGCACCGAUGGCAACACGUACGGCAACGACUGUGAGAUCUGCUUCUACAACACGGAGCACGGCGCCAGCGUGGAGAAGGAACACGAUGGAGAAUGUGACCCCAAACCUAUCGUGGUUGAUUGCAGUAAUUACCGCAGAGCUGUAGUAGAUGAUCACGUCAUCGUAGCGUGCCCAAGGAUAUUGAAACCAGUCUGUGGCUCAGAUAGCUUCACUUAUGACAAUGACUGUGGGAUCUGUGCCUACAAUGCAGAGCAUGACACCAAUGUUACCAAAUUACAUGAAGGGCCCUGCAAGGAGUCUGUUGCUGUUGACUGCACCAGGUACCGAACACAAACCACCAAGGAUGGAGAAACAUUGGUAGCCUGUCCGAGGGACCUGAACCCCGUUUGUGGCACAGACGGCACCACGUACGACAACGAGUGCGCGAUCUGCGCCCACAACGUGGAACAAAGGACCCAUGUUGGCAAAAGGCACAGUGGGCAAUGCAGAGAGAAGACUGCUGAGCUUGACUGCAGUAAAUUCCCAGCCAGGAAGGUGAAGGGUGGGAAAGACCUGGUCCGGUGCCCCAGGAUCCUGCGCCCGGUGUGUGGCACAGAUGGGUUCACCUAUGACAACGACUGCAGCAUCUGUGCCCACAACGUCCAACACGGGUCUGAUGUUAAGAAGAGCCACGAUGGAAGAUGCAAAGAGGAAAGCACUCCUGUUGACUGCAGCGUGUACCUGAGUGGUGCCAAAUCCGGAGAGGCCAUCGGAGCCUGUCCCUACAUCCUGCGCGAGAUCUGCGGCACGGACGGCGUCACCUACAGCAACGACUGUGCCCUGUGUGCCCACAACAUUGAGUCUGGAACCGAGGUUGCCAAGAAGCACGAUGGAAGGUGCGUAGAAGAAGUUUCCCAGCUGAACUGCAGCCAGUACCGCACGGCCACGCUGCCGGACGGCAGGAAGGUGAUGGUCUGCACCAGGAUCUACGACCCCGUGUGCGGCAGCGACGGCGUCACCUAUGCCAGCGAGUGCACCCUGUGUUCCCACAACUUGGAGCAUCAGACCAACAUUAGCAAGAGAAAGAACGGACCCUGCGAAGAGGAUAUCACAAGGGCCCUUUGCAAGGACUUCAAGGAAGUGUCUCCCUUCUGCACCUUGGAAUACAUGCCCCACUGUGCCUCUAAUGGCCAAACGUACAGCAACAGAUGUGUUUUCUGCAAUGCCUACCUGGAAAGCAGGGCAACUCUCAACAUCGUGAGCUUGGCUGAAUGCUAAGUCUGCUGGACUUCAGCCCAGGAAGACAAACUCCUUUCCAUCUGACUUCCCAUGGGCUGACCUUCAGUCUGCCUUGUUUCCUUAGCUCCUGAAACACUUGUUCAAUAAACUGACUUGGCAACA